GAAGCAACUUGGGACAUGUCCCAUCCUCGAUUAUAAUAAAUUAUUAUUGUUUUCAAAUUGAUAUUAGAGUUUUCUUCCCCUUCUUCUUGCGCUUGUUCCUUGCCAAGCAGUCCGCUUUUUGCAUUUCUGUAGUCUGUGUCCAUUGUGGUGAUGGGUAUAUGUUCUAUUGCCCGCUGUACGAAGCGGACGGGUCGAGAUAAAAUCAAGAGGUUUUCUCUUCCCAAUGUGAACUCGAAAACGAAAAGUGCUGACAUCGAACUGGUCAAGGAGAGGCGACGGCUGUGGAUUGCAGCGAUAGCCAGAGCAGACCUAGUUGGGAAGACAUUGGAUGAUGCUCGUGUUUGCAGCGAUCAUUUCAUUUCCGGCCGCCCUUCUGAACUCUGGGACAAAACAAACCCAGAUUGGGUUCCUUCGAAGAAUUUGCCUGGUCCUGGCAAAAGGAAGGCGAGUGAGGAGCAGGUAGUGGAGCGUUAUGCCCGUCGCAAAGCCAGACAGAGAGUGGAGGAGGCCCAUUCAGAGGCUGCAGCUUCAUUGGAUGUCAAUGAUCCGCCACAUCUGUGUGAUGUUGGCGUUGCCUCGUUACAACCACCACCAUCACCUGAUGCUGGGCCUGCUGCUUUGGAUCUGUCACCGCCACAUGAUGUUGAUGAUGAGAGUGACGUCCUUGUGGAGGAGAGCAUGGAUUUAUCCAAUUUUCCACCUGGCCAGCUGGUUCAAGAGCUAGACUUUUCUGAAGAAGGCAGUAAGGACACCAAUGACAAAUGCGUGGGGACGUUGUUAUCUGGUGAUGAUAUAACAUUUGCCUUUCAAUCUUUAACGGAAGCCACCUUCUCACCUUCUUCCCUCCAUGCUCCAACGGCUAGCUCCAACAACUUGGACGUCCAGGUGCAGCUGGCCAGGCUAUCUACAGAGAACAAGGGCUUGCAAGAUAGGCUGACCAAGCUGACAGCGGAAUACAAGGUGCUUGAAGGCAAAUUGGCCAGUCACGCGCCGUUCACGCAAGCCAAGUUGCAAAAUGAUAGCGAUGUGCGGUUCUUUACGGGUUUGCCAACCUUCGAGAUGUUACUGGCUGUGUACGAGCAUGUGCGUGAGGGAAUGCCAGACUCAUUUGGCUGUGCCUUGUCCCCGUUUCAAGAGAUGGUUGUUGCCCUUGUGAAGUUACGGUUGGACUCAUCAUUACAAGACCUGGGCCAUCGGAUGGGUGUAUCGGCUGGCACCAUUUCCCGCAUUCUUACCAAAUGGUAUACAGCCAUGGACCGUCGACUAUCACAUUUGGUUGUCUGGCCAGGGAGGGAGGAGCUACAAGCGACAACACCAGUUUGUUUCAGGGAGGCGUUUGGCGUGAAAGUGUCAUCAAUCAUCGACUGCUUCGAAGUGUUCAUAGACAGGCCUUCAAACUUGUACACCCGUGCCCAGACAUGGUCGAACUACAAACAACAUAACACAAUUAAAGUGCUGAUUGGGAUCACCCCGCAAGGUGUCAUCUCCUUCAUCUCCGAGCCGUGGGGCGGGCGCGUCAGUGACAAGUAUCUAACCCAGCACUCUCAGUUCUUGUCAAACCUUUUACCUGGAGACAUUGUCCUUGCAGACCGUGGCUUUGACAUCCAGGAGCUAGUUGCCGUGCAGGGAGCCAAGCUCCACAUCCCAGCGUUCACAAGGGGUAAGAAGCAACUGUCGGCCGAUGAUGUGCAUACCACCCGCAGCAUCGCAAACGUGCGCAUCCACGUCGAACGAGUUAUUGGGAAUCUCCGCAAGAAAUAUUCUAUUUUGCGAGGAAUACUGCCGAUUGAUUUCCUGCGUAGUCGCUCUGGAGAUGACCGACCUUUGAUUUGCCGUAUCAUUCCUGUAUGUUGUGCCCUGACCAAUCUCUGUGAUUCGGUUGUGCCUUUCGAGUGACUACACCUGUUGCCUGCGCCGAUGACCCGUUUCGACUUCACUUGACUUGUCCACGGAGACGGUGGAGAGCCCGAACGUGAUGGCUGUAGAGUGUGUGUGUGUGUUUUGUUGUUGCUGAAAUCACAGUUGUCCUUUUUACAGUUUCCAGAUUUGCAAGUUACCUCUAUUGUAAUGACACUGCCAUAUCAUGAUCUUUUUUCGCUUCACUUGAUUUGUUCACGGUGACAGCGGAGACACCGAACAUGUUGGCUGUGGGCUUUUUCCUCUGUUGCUUGUAUCUUCUGAUCUUAUCCCGCAAUCUGAGAGCUGCCAUGCAGUCCCGUAGAUACAGUUUGAAAAAAUUUAUAACGAUUUACUCGUCUUGUGUCCCACAUACAUGUACAGACAACAUUGGUUACAACGACAUGCCUCCGGGCCUCAAAAUCUUGUCCCUAUAUCCGCUGUAUUGUUAGCUUGUGACAAUACACCAGGGGCUUCUUAGCAUGCAGCAAUACCUACUUCUCGCUUGACUUCAAUAUACAGCAAGCAGAGCAUGGGAUAUAUUUUCACUCCCUGCAUGGUUGAGACAAGCAAACACAAUGCUUUGUGAGGUAGUGGUAUUGUAUUGGACUGGGGAACAGCCAAGGAAGGAUGCCGCUUUUACGGACUAAUAUUAGCAGAUGUGGAGAGAUACUUGUACAAAACUACUACUCGUACGUCAGGCAGGCAAAGAAGAAAUCAAAUUUAGCAAAGAAAUUCAGAAAAUCAGAAAACAUUCGCGUUCAUGCUCUCCACAUUC